UCUCCCGACGUCAGCAGGUCCUUACUGAGAAAAGAAACUAGCUGCUGCCUAAGGUGAGCGCCGGGUGGGCUCUGUCUGGUACAAUUUAUGCCAUCCACACACUGGUGACACGUGAUCAAAUUUGGCUCCUCCCUCUGGGAUAACCGGGGAAGUCCCGGCUCUCGCCCUUGUGCAGUUGGAGACAGAAGGCAUCAGAAAGUGAGCGUAAAAAUGUCGCAUCCAAGCAGUAUGUCACCAAGUCCUAGCACGACUAUGAAACCAGGCACUCCCAAAUCUAGAAAAGCGAAGGGGCUGAAGGACAUUCGUAUAGAUGAGGAGGUGAAGAUUGCCGUUAAUAUUGCACUGGACAGAUUUCGGUAUAGUGACCAAAAAGAGAUGGAAUUUCCUUCAUCUCUGACCAGCACUGAGAGAGCCUUUAUCCAUCGUCUUGCCCAGUCACUUGGACUAAUAUCGAAGAGCAAAGGAAAAGGCAUUAGUAGAUAUUUAACAAUAAGGAAGAAGGAUGGCUCUGAGGCCUGCAGCGUUCGUAUGUCCUGCUGCCUGAUACAGAACACAAGGCAUGCCAUGAGGAGCCUCAUUCAGCGCUUCCCUUUGACCAAUAAGGAAAGAACUGAACUGCUUCCAAAAACAGAGCGAGGAAAUGUGUCUGCAAUGGAAGCUGAGAGCCGUGAGAUGAACAAAACCAGUGGCCGACUAAACAAUGGCAUCUCCCAAGUUCCAGUGAAGAGAGGGGAAUCGGAGUUUGACUCUUUUCGUCAGUCGUUACCUGUAUUUGAAAAGCGAGAGGAAAUUGUUCAGGUUAUUAAAGAUAAUAAAGUUGUUCUGAUUGUUGGAGAAACAGGCUCAGGAAAAACCACCCAGAUUCCCCAGUUUCUUCUUGAUGACUGCUACAAAAAUGGAAUGGCUUGUCGAAUCUUCUGCACUCAGCCGAGGCGAUUGGCUGCAAUUGCUGUUGCUGAAAGGGUUGCUUCUGAAAGGGGAGAGAAAAUUGGUCAAACGGUCGGUUACCAGAUUCGCCUAGAGAGCCGGGUUUCUCCAAAGACACUCCUCACCUUUUGCACUAAUGGAGUCCUCUUGCGGACUCUAAUGGCUGGAGAUGCUGCACUUUCAACUGUAACUCACGUCAUUGUGGAUGAAGUUCAUGAACGGGAUCGGUUCAGUGACUUCCUGGUAACUAAACUCCGAGAUUUGAUUCAGAAACUUCCAACUCUUAAGCUGAUUCUCUCCAGUGCCGCACUGGACGUAACCUUGUUUCUGAAGUACUUUGGAGGGUGUCCCAUCUUGUACAUACAAGGACGACCUUUUGAAGUAAAAGAAAUGUUUUUAGAAGAUAUUUUAAGAUCCACGGGCUACACAAAUAAGGAUAUGCUGAAAUACAAGAAAGAGAAGCAGUGUGAGGACAAGCAAAAGACAACCCUGUCUGAAUGGCAUUCAGCAAAAGAGAACAGCCUAAAGAGUAACACCCAAAGACAAAGAAGCGUCACCAACAUCACUGAGGACUAUGAUUUGCUGGAUGAUGGAGGGGACACUGUUUUCAGUCAGUUGACUGAGAAAGAUGUGAAUUGUCUGGAGCCCUGGCUGAUGAAGGAAAUGGACUCUUGUCUUUCUGAUAUUUGGCUUCACCGAGAUAUAGAUGCGUUUGCUCAACUUUUUCAAUUGAUACUGACAGAGAAUGUCAGUGUUGACUACAGACACAGUGAAACAAGUGCAUCUCCAUUAAUGGUGGCUGCAGGACGAGGCUUUUUAAGCCAGGUGGAGCAACUUAUUGGCAUGGGAGCCAACAUCCACAGCAAAGCUUCAAAUGGAUGGACAGCUCUGGACUGGGCAAGACAUUUUGGACAGACUGAAGUUGUUGAUCUCUUGGAAUCAUACAGUGCUUCCUUGGAUCCUGGCAGUCUAGAUGAAAGCUCCCUGGUGCAGGCUGAAAGCAGCAGCUUGAGCGUGGAGGAACAAGAGCUUCUUAAAGCCUACCACUACAGUUUUGAUGAUGAAAAAGUGGACCUUGACCUGAUAAUGCAUAUUCUUAAUAAUAUCUGCCAAAAUUCAGACACAGGGGCCAUACUAAUAUUUCUCCCAGGAUAUGAUGAAAUAGUAGGGUUAAGAGAUCGCAUCUUGCAUGAUGACAAGAGAUUUGCUGAAAAUUCUCAAAGAUAUCAAAUCUUCAUGCUGCACUCAAACAUGCAAACUGCUGACCAGAGGAAGGUCUUAAAGACUCCACCAGCUGGUAUUCGCAAAAUUAUACUUUCAACAAAUAUAGCAGAGACCAGUAUCACAGUAAAUGAUGUGGUGUUUGUGAUAGACUCUGGCAAAGUGAAAGAGAAAUCUUAUGAUGCUCUGAACCAUGUGACGAUGCUUAAAAUGGUUUGGAUUUCUAAAGCCAGUGCCAUUCAGAGGAAAGGAAGGGCUGGUCGCUGCCGUCCUGGUGUAUGUUUCCGCCUGUUCAGCAGACUUCGUUUUCAGAAUAUGUUGGAGUUCCAGACUCCUGAACUACUGCGAAUGCCUCUGCAUGAGCUUUGCUUGCAUACAAAAUUGUUGGCACCAAUAAACUCUCCGAUCGCUGAUUUCUUAAUGAAAGCUCCAGAGCCACCCCCAGCUUUAAUUGUUCGCAACGCCGUACAGAUGCUGAAGACUAUUGACGCCAUGGACACUUGGGAAGAUCUGACUGAACUUGGUUAUCACUUAGCUGAUUUACCAGUGGAACCACACCUUGGCAAAAUGGUGCUGUGUGCAGUUGUUCUGAAGUGCUUGGACCCUAUACUUACUAUAGCUUGCACUUUAGCAUAUCGUGAUCCAUUUGUCUUGCCAACUCAGGCUUCCCAAAAACGUGCAGCCAUGCUGUGCAGGAAGCGGUUUACAGCAGGGACAUACAGCGAUCAUAUGGCUCUGCUCAGGGCUUUUCAGGCUUGGCAGAAGGCUCGAAGUGAUGGAUGGGAAAGAGCCUUCUGUGAGAAGAAUUUUCUGUCUCAGGCUACAAUGGAAAUUAUUAUUGGCAUGAGAACUCAGCUUCUUGGGCAGCUCAGGGCUUCAGGGUUCGUUAGGGCUCGUGGAGCUGGGGACAUAAGAGAUGUGAAUGCAAACUCCGAGAACUGGGCUGUAGUAAAAGCUGCCCUUGUUGCGGGCAUGUAUCCAAACCUCAUCCAUGUAGACAGAGAAAAUAUGCAGCUCACCAGCCAUAAGGAAAAGAGAGUGCGCUUCCACCCUACUUCAGUUUUAAGCCAACCACAGUAUAAAAAGAUCCCACCUGAAAAUGGGCAGGCUGCCGCUAUCCAAGUUUUGCCUACAGACUGGCUGAUGUACGAUGAGAUGACCCGAGCUCACAGAAUUGCUAAUAUUAGAUGCUGCACACUGGUUACACCUGUCACUAUUGCAGUCUUCUCAGGACCUGCCAGGCUUCCCAGUAAUGCUUUGCAAGAGCCAUCUUCGUGUCGAGCCACAUUGGAUGGUAAUGAGAGCAGUGACAGUGAGAUGGAAGACAGAACCACGUCCAUGUUGGCAACAUUCAAGUUGGAUGAGUGGUUACAUUUUAAGCUUGAUCCGGAGUCUGCUAAUUUGUUGCUACAACUGAGGCAGAAAUGGUACAGUUUAUUUCUAAGACGGAUGAAGGCACCCUCAAAACCUUGGUCUCAGGUGGAUGAGGCCACCAUCCGGGCGGUCAUAACUGUGUUAACUGCUGAAGAGCAGUCAGCAGGUUUACAGCAGCCUUCUGGAAUUGGGCAGAGACCAAGACCAAUGUCUUCUGAAGAACUUCCAAUAUCUUCUUCUUGGAAGACCAAUCAAAGUCGUAAGAGUUCAGCAGAAACAGAUUUCUCUGAUGACCUAAGCAAUUUAGACAGUGGCAGAACUAUAAAAUCUCCAUCCUUCACAUUUUCUCAACAACUGAAACACAAAGAGAGGGUUUUACAACAUCCAAAACGACUUGAGGAGAAAACAGAACAGUUGUCUGCAAGAUAUCCUGAAAGCAGUAGCUACUCUAGCCCAUGUGGAAGCCCAUCUCCUCCUGCCUCUAUCAAGAUCUCUAAAUCUUCAUCACCCCGACCAAAUCUGCCUAUGAGAUAUUUUAUAAUGAAGAGCAGCAACCUGAGAAACCUUGACAUUUCCCAGCAAAAAGGAAUAUGGUCCACCACCCCAAGUAACGAGCGCAAACUGAACAGAGCAUUCUGGGAGAGCAGCUGCGUUUAUCUGGUGUUUUCUGUUCAAGGAUCUGGUCAUUUUCAGGGCUUCGCUAGAAUGUGUUCAGAGAUUGGGCUGGAGAAGAGUCAGGAUUGGGGAUCCACUAGUCUUGGGGGAGUGUUUAAGGUGGAAUGGAUUCGGAAGGAAAGCCUGCCUUUUCAGCAAGCACACCAUUUACUGAACCCAUGGAACGACAACAAGAAAGUCCAAAUAAGUCGUGAUGGACAGGAACUGGAGCCUCAGGUUGGGGAACAGCUGUUGCUGCUAUGGGACAGAGUUCUUCUGGGAGAUAGAAGUAUGUCCCACUGAUAGGAGCCUAAUUCCACGUGCCAUUUUAUAUCCGUUGUGAUAUCCAGAAAUGGCUGUGAAUAUUUGGAAUGACACUACCUUUAGAUAAGAUAAUCUCUUUGUGGUUUCCGUUACUUGCACGUAAUUGUUUACAAGCAGCUCGUUUAUGAAAAGCUGACGUCACAAGAAUGCCCUAGACCUGGAUGGGCAGUCCUUGAAUUUCAGCAGUGGUUGGAUUAUGGAAGCUUGCCCAUCCAUUGUUUCUGAACACAAUACACUGUAAUGUCCCUUACUUUUUUUUUUUUUAAGAAAAUUGCACUGUUGUAAAUGUUCUGGGAAGUCUGGUUUUAUUCAACCUUGAUUUAAAAUGUACACAAUUAGUGUUUCAUUACACUAUACAUGUUAACAUAUUUUAGGUAGGUGAUCUUUCAGUAUAGAAGACAAAUUUUACUGAAAUUAGGACCAUAGUCUACGUAUACAUGUUUAUCACUGAUGUAGAGGGUACACCUUUUAAGUUGUAGAUGUAAUGUGAAAAAGCCUUGUUUUAAAAGAGAAUAUAGGAGAUUAUCUCGGAAUUUAUCUUGCCACAUUUCAAGUACAUGCAUUAUGGGAGACCCUUUGUGGAUAGGCAAUCCUGUUGUGUAGACUGUCGGCAUUAUAAACAGUGGGUCACACCAUAACACUGGAAAACGGCAGUGACCCAUGCUUAGGUGCUCUGUUCUUCAGGAAAUUAUAAAUGUGAAUACAGGAAGAGAUCUAAAUGUUCUGCAAGGUUUUGAAGGGUUUUCUAAGACCUCUAAAAUUUAGGUAAAGGCAAGACAUGUUCUGAAAUAAAUGAAGCCUUACUCAUCUGUCCAUUCUCUCUCCAUUUCAGCUGUGCCAGUCUGGUGUUUCUCAUUGGGUUUUGUUUGUGGUGCUGCAGUAGUGAUGUCCCACUACUACCCUACAUGAUUACUGCAGCCAGUCACUUACUUUAGCAGUUCCUUUGGUGGUAGGGCAUGUCAUCACUGCAGAGAGACGAGCAAGGCUGACAUCUCUGACUAUGCCUUGUGACUGCUGAUGUCAGUGAUUGGCUGCAGCGAUCACAUAGGGGAGUUAGGGACAUCAGGCGAGGCAGGGAAUGGACAGGUUGUAAGGCAUCUUUCCUAUUUUACAACGUCCUGGUUGCUUUCUUAUUUUCUAAACUUUUCCUGCCUUCACCCACACCUAUGUGGGUCUCAGAAAACCCCUUAAACAGGGUUCCUUGAGCAUUAAUAUUUGGACCAUUGCUGGCAUAAGGGACAAGUUAUAUCAAUUUGGAGGGGCAUUUGUACUCGUUGUCAUAGAGUUUAUCAGUGGAUUAUAGUGUUCACGUGUGAAUCAGUUAUUAAUCAGACAAAUUAGUCUAAAUUGAUUUUGAUGUUUAAUUGUAGAGAAAUACAACUUCUAUGUAUUUUAGAACACUAAAGCAAGAAAAUAUUAAAGCAAAGUUUUGUCUCCGUAUAUGAAUGUAUAAUAUACACAUAUGGCUUUUUCUUCUGCUUGUUAUGUUGACAAAUAUAUCAUAAAUUUAAGACCCAGGAUCCAAGUUUUCCAAGAUUUUAAUACUGAUGACCUAUCAUCUGGAUAGAUCAUCAGUAUCUCAUUGGUGGGGGACUGACACCUUGGACACCCACAGAUCAGCUGUUUGAGAAGGCACCUGCGCUUCUGUGAGCGCCGCAGCCUUCUCCAUGCUUACCAAGCACAGCGCCGUACAUAUUAUAGGGGCUAUGCUAUCGCUUUCAGCUCCAUUCACUUCUAUGGAGCUGAGCUGCA